AGUUUUCCCCCUAGCUGGAGCCUCGGCCUGGGAGGUUGGAGAGCUGCCCCGGAAGUCAUCUCCCGGUCCCCCGCCCGCGGCAGACAUGGCGGUGGACUCGUCUAUGGAGCUGCUAUUUUUAGAUACUUUUAAACAUCCGAGCGCUGAGCAAAGUUCUCAUAUAGAUGUGGUUCGUUUUCCGUGUGUGGUUUAUAUCAAUGAAGUCCGAGUUAUACCCCCGGGAGUACGAGCCCAUAGUGGCUUACCUGACAACAGAGCAUAUGGGGAAACAUCUCCUCACACAUUUCAACUUGACUUAUUCUUCAAUAAUGUAAGCAAACCAAGUGCUCCAGUUUUUGAUAGGUUGGGAAGCCUGGAAUAUGAUGAGAAUACGUCUAUCAUCUUUAGACCAAACUCGAAGGUAAAUACUGAUGGUCUGGUACUAAGAGGCUGGUACAACUGUCUGACCCUGGCAAUAUAUGGAUCGGUAGAUAGAGUGAUAAGCCAUGACAGAGACUCUCCACCACCUCCACCUCCACCUCCACCUCCUCCCCAGCCACAGCCGACUUUGAAAAGGAAUCUAAAGCAUGCUGAUGGUGAGAAGGAAGAUCAGUUUAAUGGAAGUCCUCCAAGACCCCAGCCACGGGGACCAAGAACUCCUCCUGGACCUCCUCCACCUGAUGACGAUGAGGACGACCCUAUGUCUUUGCCAGUGUCUGGUGACAAAGAAGAGGAUGUUCCCCAUCGAGAAGAUUACUUUGAGCCCAUUUCUCCUGAUAGGAAUUCUGUCCCGCAGGAAGGUCAGUAUUCCGAUGAAGGAGAGGUAGAAGAGGAACCGCAAGAAGAGGGAGAAGAUGAUGAAGAUGAUGUGGAUGUAGAGGAAGAAGAGGAUGAAGAUGAGGAUGACUGCCAUACAGUAGAUAGUAUCCCUGAUGAUGAGGAAGAAGAUGAAGAGGAAGAAGGUGAAGAGGAUGAAGAAGGUGAAGGGGACGAUGGCUACGAGCAGAUCUCUAGUGAUGAAGAUGGAAUUGCUGACUUGGAACGUGAAACAUUCAAGUAUCCAAACUUCGAUGUUGAGUAUACUCCAGAAGACCUGGCAUCUGUCCCUCCUAUGACGUAUGACCCGUAUGACAGGGAGCUGGCACCACUCUUGUAUUUCAGCUGUCCAUACAAAACUACUUUUGAAAUUGAAAUCAGUAGAAUGAAGGAUCAAGGUCCAGAUAAAGAGAAUUCAGGGGCAGUAGAAGCCUCGGUGAAGUUAACUGAACUGCUAGACCUGUAUCAGGAAGACAGGGGUGCAAAGUGGGUGACGGCUCUAGAAGAAAUUCCAAGUCUAAUUAUAAAAGGAUUAAGCUAUUUGCAAUUGAAAAACACAGAACAAGACUCCCUUGGCCAGUUGGUAGACUGGACAAUGCAAGCUUUAAAUUUACAAGUAGCCUUUCGACAGCCCAUAGCCUUAAAUGUCCGACAGCUCAAAGCUGGGACCAAGCUAGUGACCUCAUUAGCAGAAUGUGGGGCUCCAGGAGUCACAGAAUUGCUACAAGCAGGAGUGAUCAAUGUAUUGUUUGAUCUCUUAUUUGCUGAUCAUGUCUCAUCUUCCCUUAAGUUAAAUGCUUUUAAAGCUUUGGACAGUGUCAUUAGCAUGACAGAAGGAAUGGAGGCUUUUUUAAGAAGCACCCAAAAUGAGAAAAGUGGCUAUCAAAGACUUCUGGAACUCAUACUUCUGGAUCAGACUGUGAGGGUUGUCACUGCUGGCUCAGCUAUUCUUCAAAAAUGCCAUUUCUAUGAAAUCUUGUCAGAGAUUAAAAGACUUGGUGACCACAUAGCAGAGAAGACUUCAGCUGUUCCUAACCACAGUGAGCCUGACCAGGACACAGAUGCUGUGCUGGAGAGAGCAAAUCCCGAUUAUGAGAAUGAAGUAGAAGCUUCUAUGGACAUGGAUCUUUUGGAGUCCUCAAUUAUAAGUGAAGGUGAAAUAGAAAAGCUUACUAAUCUCUUAGAGGAGGUUUUUCAUGUCAUGGAAACUGCACCUCAUACAAUGACCCAACCUCCUGUCAAGUCUUUCCCCACAAUAGCCCGGAUUACCGGGCCUCCAGAGCGGGAUGACCCGUACCCUGUCCUCUUUAGAGGGCCUGGGUUUGGUUUUCAGCACUCAAUAGUGGCUCACAGCCAUCAGCUACUCCAGUUCCAGAGGGUCCAGUGCCCUCUUCUGGCCUAUGUGGGCACUGUACACACAUGGUACAUAGACACAUGCAAGCAAAAUACUCAUGACAUAAGGUAUCUUCACAGCCAUCACUUCCUGGAGUUGGUCACCUUGCUUCUGUCGAUUCCAAUAACAAGUGCCCAUCAGGGUGUACUGCAAGCCACGAAGGAUGUUUUAAAGUUUCUUGCACAGUCACAAAAGGGCCUUCUCUUUUUUAUGUCAGAAUAUGAAGCGACAAACUUGUUGAUCCGAGCUCUGUGCCACCUUUAUGAUCAAGACGAAGAGGAAGGCCUUCAGUCUGAUGGGGCUGAUGAUGCCUUUGCCUUGUGGCUGCAGGACUCAACUCAGACUCUGCAGUGCAUCACAGAGCUGUUCAGCCAUUUCCAGCGGUGUACAGCCAGUGAAGAAACUGACCAUUCUGAUCUCCUGGGCACCCUCCACAAUCUUUACUUGAUUACUUUUAACCCUGUGGGAAGAUCAGCUGUUGGCCAUGUUUUCAGCCUUGACAAAAACCUUCAAAGUCUCAUUACUCUAAUGGAGUACUAUUCCAAAGAAGCCCUAGGCGAUUCCAAGUCUAAGAAGUCAGUAGCUUAUAAUUACGCAUGCGUACUCACGCUGGUGGUGGCUCAGUCUUCCAGCGGUGUCCAGAUGUUAGAACAGCACGCAGCAUCGCUCUUGAAGCUCUGCAAAGCAGAUGAAAAUAAUGCGAAAUUGCAAGAACUUGGCAAAUGGCUUGAACCUCUGAAAAACCUCAGAUUUGAAAUUAACUGCAUCCCAAAUCUAAUUGAAUAUGUUAAACAGAAUAUUGAUAACUUGAUGACUGCAGAAGGAGUUGGCCUUACCACUGCCUUACGUGUUCUCUGUAAUGUGGCAUGUCCACCACCUCCCGUAGAAGGUCAGCAGAAAGACCUGAAAUGGAACCUUGCUGUUAUUCAGCUUUUUUCUGCUGAAGGAAUGGACACCUUUAUUCGGGUUCUGCAAAAACUGAACAGUAUUUUGACGCAGCCUUGGAGGCUCCAUGUGAACAUGGGGACUACCCUGCACAGAGUCACUACCAUUUCAAUGGCUCGCUGCACGCUCACUCUGCUUAAAACUAUGCUGACAGAGCUCCUGCGAGGCGGAUCCUUUGAGUUUAAGGACAUGCGUGUUCCUUCAGCACUUGUUACUUUACACAUGCUCCUGUGCUCUAUCCCUCUCUCAGGUCGUUUGGAUAGUGAUGAGCAGAAAAUUCAGAAUGAUAUCAUAGAUAUCUUACUGACUUUUACACAAGGAGUCAAUGAGAAGCUCACGAUCUCGGAAGAGACUCUGGCCAAUAAUACUUGGUCUUUAAUGUUAAAGGAAGUUCUCUCUUCCAUCUUGAAGGUUCCGGAAGGCUUCUUCUCAGGACUCAUACUCCUUUCAGAGCUGCUGCCUCUUCCCUUGCCCAUGCAGACCACGCAGGUUAUUGAGCCACAUGAUAUAUCAGUGGCACUCAACACCCGAAAAUUGUGGAGCAUGCACCUUCAUGUUCAAGCAAAGUUGCUCCAAGAAAUAGUUCGUUCUUUCUCUGGCACAACCUGCCAGCCCAUUCAACAUAUGUUACGGCGUAUUUGUGUUCAAUUGUGUGACCUUGCCUCUCCAACUGCUCUUCUGAUCAUGAGAACUGUGUUGGAUUUGAUUGUAGAAGACUUGCAAAGCACUUCAGAAGAUAAAGAAAAACAGUAUACUAGCCAAACCACCAGGUUGCUUGCUCUUCUCGAUGCCCUGGCUUCACACAAAGCUUGUAAAUUAGCUAUUUUGCAUCUAAUUAAUGGAACUAUUAAAGGCGAUGAAAGAUAUGCAGAGAUCUUCCAGGAUCUUUUAGCUUUGGUGCGCUCUCCUGGGGACAGUGUUACUCGCCAGCAGUGCGUGGAGUAUGUCACAUCCAUUUUGCAGUCUCUCUGUGACCAGGACAUUGCACUCAUUUUGCCAAGCCCUUCUGAAGGUCCUGCCUCUGAGCUUGAACAGCUCUCUAACUCCCUACCAAGUAAAGAGCUGAUGACUGCAAUCUGCGACUGUCUGCUGGCAACUCUAGCCAACUCUGAAAGCAGUUACAACUGUCUGCUGACAUGUGUCCGUACAAUGAUGUUUCUUGCAGAGCACGAUUAUGGAUUGUUUCACCUGAAAAGCUCUUUAAGGAAGAACAGUAGUGCUCUGCAUAGUUUGCUGAAGCGAGUGGUCAGCACAUUCAGUAAGGACACCGGUGAGCUUGCAUCGGCGUCUCUGGACUUCAUGAGACAGAUCCUCAAUGCUGAUGCUAUGGGCUGUUGUGGAGACGAUAGUGGUCUCAUGGAGGUAGAGGGCGCUCACCCACCCCGGACGAUGAGUCUUAACGCUGCAGAGUUAAAACAGCUCCUACAGAGCAAAGAAGAGAGUCCAGAGAGUCUGUUCCUUGAACUAGAGAAGCUUGUUUUGGAACAUUCUAAAGAUGAUGACAGUCUGGAGUCUUUGCUGGAUAAUGUAAUUGGACUGAAGCAGAUGCUGGAGUCAUCUGGUGAGCCUUUGCCUCUCAGUGACCAAGAUGUAGAGCCAGUACUGUCAGCUCCAGAGUCUCUCCAGAAUUUAUUUAACAACAGGACUGCAUAUGUGUUGGCUGAUGUCAUGGAUGAUCAGUUGAAAUCUAUGUGGUUUACUCCAUUUCAGGCUGAAGAGAUCGAUACAGACUUGGAUUUGGUAAAGGUUGACUUAAUUGAGCUUUCAGAAAAGUGCUGCAGUGAUUUUGAUUUGCAUUCAGAACUAGAGCGCUCGUUUCUGUCAGAACCAUCAUCUCCAGGAAGAUCCAAGACUACUAAGGGAUUUAAACUCGGGAAGCAUAAGCAUGAGACAUUCAUAACUUCAAGUGGAAAAUCUGAAUACAUUGAACCUGCCAAACGAGCUCAUGUUGUGCCGCCACCUAGAGGCCGGGGCCGGGGAGGAUUUGGACAGGGCAUACGGCCCCAUGAUAUUUUCCGUCAGAGAAAGCAGAACACGAGCAGGCCGCCAUCUAUGCACGUGGAUGACUUUGUUGCAGCUGAAAGUAAAGAAGUGGUCCCUCAAGAUGGAAUACCCCCACCAAAACGGCCACUCAAAGUCUCACAAAAGAUUUCCUCUCGUGGUGGAUUUUCAGGCAACCGAGGAGGACGGGGUGCUUUUCAUAGUCAGAACAGGUUUUUCACACCGCCUGCUUCGAAAGGAAACUACAGUCGUCGGGAAGGAACAAGAGGCUCGAGUUGGAGUGCUCAGAACACUCCUCGAGGAAAUUAUAAUGAAAGCCGAGGGGGCCAGAGCAACUUUAACAGGGGUCCUCUUCCACCAUUACGGCCGCUUAGUUCUACGGGUUACCGCCCUAGUCCCCGGGAUCGAGCUUCUAGAGGCCGCGGGGGCCUGGGACCGUCCUGGGCUAGUACAAAUAGCGGCAGUGGAGGCUCGAGAGGAAAGUUUGUUAGUGGAGGCAGUGGUAGAGGCCGUCAUGUACGGUCCUUUACUCGAUAGAUGUGUUCUUGGCAACACCCCAAGUAAAUGCACAUUUCAUGAGGACAAAAACAAACAGACCUUGAAGGACCAAUUUAGACUUAACAGUUAUAUCUGGAUACAUCUGAGAGAAUAUUUUUAUCUGAAGAAAGCAGAUUUUGUUUGAUACUUAAUGAGAUUUCAAUAAAAAUCCAAACUUUGUACGUAUGUUUGUAUAUAUUUUUCCCAUUUUAUAUGGUAUUUAUUUAGAAAGUUUCUAGGUAGAAAGAAAAAAACAAUGAUUUUUUUUUUUUGUAUUUCUCUUGCUUAUACUAUAGAUAUUUCCAAACUUUCUUAGCCUGUGACACCCUUUAGUGUGUCUCGGGAAUUUUUUCACAGUAUCCCUAGGCCAAAAACAAACUUGAUACUUUUGUUUAUUGAACAGUUAGGGUCCAAGCAACUGAAGACUUUCCACCAUCAUCACCACUAGUAACUGGACACCGCUCAAGGCCUCACUCACCCUUGGAAACAGCAGCCUUCCCUGUCCGGGUUUCCUGAGCAGUACUGUUUAUCAAACUGCUGAAUGGUCGUUACAAAUGUGUGCUGUCCUGGAAAGUCACCCAGUGUUACCCAGUGCUGAAAAUGGGAACUACCUCAAUUCAUAGUUUGUGUGGUGCCCAGCAGAUGUCGCUGUUUCCUCAGAAGUUUAAAACACUCAUGCUAAUUUACUAAGGUGCCCACCACACAAUUUAGCAAUCAUUGCUGUACCAGAAGGAGCAAAAACUUCUUUAUGUUAGAAGUACAGACUUUGCUUCAAGUUCGGACCUACUGAUGCUAUUUUAUUAUAGAGUUAUUUAAAGCCUAAAAGUUGGCUUAUCUUAAUGCGGUUAUUUUGGGAAUCAGAAGCAUCUACUUUAUAUUCAGAAAUAAAACUUAUAACUUUGACCAAGGAGCCAUAUUUCCCCUAAGGUAUGUCUUAAUUCAUUGAGCCUAUAUAAAUGGCAUAAAAUAUAGAGUUCUCUUAAACAAAAAUAAGUGUAUGAGUCUCAUUCCAUCCUAACAGCCUCUAUUUUGGGGAAUCACUUGAGUGCAUUUAAUAUAUAUUUAUUAGGAAAAAAGGCCUCGAAAAGUUCAGCUUUAGAAUUGAGGGUUUAGCUUAUUGAUAGAAGUAGUUGCCUAGCAUGUGUGAUUAACUACUAGCAAUGUUUCUGAGUGUGUGUGUGUGAGCAUGCACAUGUGUACACAUACAUGUGCAUGGAAAUUUCAGAUGGAAGGAUUCUGAUGUUUAAGUACAAGGUGAUGAAAAUCUUCUUACUAUUCUGGAACAACCCAAACUCUUAGUCUGCUCAGGCUGCUAUAACAUCAUAAAAUAGACUGGAUGGCUUAUAUAAGAAGAAAAUCUCACAGUUCCAUUGGUCAGGCAGUCGGUAAAAGCAGGCUCUGGGGAGGCACUCCUUGUAGACUUUUCACAUGGGCUUUCUGUAGU